AUGAAGAUUCCAUCAGCUAAAACUUCUGCCGAUGAAACACAUUCGUUAACACAAGAACCAAGUAAUACAAGCAAUCGAACUCCACGUCGAAGUCAUGUAUCACUAGCAUCAUCGAAACGCCCAUCAAUGAUUCCUGGCGCAUCAAAUUCAAAUACACCUAAACAGGGCAUGUUUCGUCGAGCAGUUCCACAAAUGCCACAUGGUUUAGCCUGUUUUUGCUUUUUACUCAAUGUUACAUUGCCUGGAACAGGAACAUUAAUCAGUGCAUUCGCUGUGUUUUGCUGUGGAAAACAUGGCUACGAAAAAAACAUUGUAGCAUUUCUCUAUAAUAUUCUUGCUGCUAUUUUACAAAGUGCUACAAUAUUUUUACUUGUGGGUUGGAUUUGGUCAAUUCGAUGGGGUAUUCUUUUUGUUCAAUUAUCAGGCAACAAAAAUCCAGCGGCACAACCGACACCAUUCUACGUCCGUCGUCAAUCGAGUGUUGACACAUAUAUGCAGCCCUUCGUAACUCAAAUGGUAGUGCCACGCGUCCCACCCGUAUACGAAGAGAACAACGAACAAGAUGUUGUAUGA